CUUCACUCAGUCACUCUCCCCUAGCCAGUGACGUCCACCACUGCAAACAUUUGCUGCCUGCCAGGCCCCCUCCUCUCAGCCACAAUGACCCGCACCCUCUGCUUGAGCUCCCUCCUGCUGCUGCUGCUGCUGCUGUCCCUCUCCUGUCCCGCUCGCGCUGAACCUCGGCGGACCACGUCCUCUCAGCGCAGGGUGGCUCGCGCACCAGCUGCCAAGGUGCGUUUGGCGGGCAACUUUGCGCGAGAACCGCACGAAGGGCGCGUGGAGGUGCUGCACAACAACACCUGGGGGACAGUCUGCGAUGAUGAAGUGGACAUCAAGAUGGCCAACGUGGUGUGCCGAGAGCUCGGUUUCCAGAGCGGUGUAACGUGGGCACACAGCGCUAAGUAUGGAGAAGGAGCGGGCCCAAUAUGGAUGGAUAAUGUGCGCUGUGACGGCUCAGAGAAGUCCUUGAAGGACUGCAAACACAACGGUUGGGGCGUGAAUGACUGUAAACACUCUGAAGACUUGGGGGUGGUGUGCACCCCUGAGCGCAGGCUGGAUCAAACAGCAAGUAGAGGCUACACUGCCACCAGGCCCAAUGGCGGCGCCGCACCUCAGUGGCAGGGCCCUGUGGUCACCCGCAGGCAUCCAGGAUAUGUCUAUUAUGGAAAUGGACAUCAAGAGAUCCCCAGGUUCCAAAGACAUCACCAGGGUCACAGUAAGGUGCAAAUCGAGGAAGUCCGUCUUCGUCCCAUCCUCAUGGCUACCAAGAAGAAGAGCCUGAUCACAGAGGGUGUGGUGGAAGUGAAGCAUGCUGGGAGAUGGAGGCAGGUUUGUGACCUGGGUUGGAGUCUCAACAGCAGCCUAGUUGUGUGUGGGAUGCUCGGCUUUCCAGAGGCUACUCAGCACAAUGUCAAAACAUACAAGAAAAUAUGGGAUACCAAGGUUGCAGAUCCUUCAACAAGAUUGAGCAUCAUGUCAAAGAAGAAGGGAUUCUGGGUAGAAAAAAUUCACUGUCUGGGCACUGAGAACAGCCUUUCAGAGUGCCAUUCUAAGCUGUCAGUCCCCCGUAGUCCCACUCCUUGUAAGAAUGGGAGACAUGCAGUGGUCAAGUGUGUGCCAGGACCUCAGUUUGCUCGCAUCUCCUCAGGAAGACCCCAAGCCCCUUAUCCAGUUGUGCCUGUGCGUCUGAAGGCUGGCCCCAGGCUUGGUGAGGGUCGUGUGGAGGUGCUCCGAGAUGGAAAAUGGGGGACCAUCGUGGACCACAUGUGGGAUAGACCUGCAGCCAGUGUGGUGUGCAGAGAACUGGGCUUUGGUUCUGCCAAGGAUGCCCUGCAUGGAGCCUUUAUGGGUCAAGGUACAGGACCUAUCCAUAUGAAUAGUGUCCAGUGUAUGGGGUCAGAGCGCUCCAUCCUAGACUGCUACUUUCAGGAAGUCCAACCGUGGACUUUCAAACACAGCCAGGAUGCCUCAGUACGCUGUAACGUCCCAAAGACCGGAAUGGAGAACACGGUGCGACUUGUUGGUGGUAGAGUCCCAUCAGAAGGCCGUGUGGAAGUGUUGAUGGAGGUUGGAGGUCGUAAGCGUUGGGGCUCUGUCUGUAGUGAGAAUUGGGGCAUCAACGAGGCCAUGGUGUUAUGCAGACAGCUCGGCCUGGGCUUCGCUGCCAGUGCUCAUCAGGAGACCUGGUACUGGCCUGGUGACCCAAAUGCAGCUGAUGUGAUUCUCAGUGGAACUCACUGUGUGGGCACAGAGUUUUCAAUUCAACAGUGUCGCCGCAACAACCAUGUCCAUUGUCCUCGAGGAGGUGGAGUUAAGGCAGCUGGGGUCAGCUGUUCAGACACGGCACCUGACCUCGUUCUGGAUGCCCAGCUGGUCCAGGAGACAGCCUACCUGGAAGACCGACCCCUCCACCUGCUGACCUGUGCCAAUGAGGAGAACUGUCUGUCCUCGUCUGCUGCCAGGAUGAAUUGGCCUUAUGGCCACCGACGCUUGCUGCGCUUCUCCUCCCGCAUCAUGAACAUGGGUCGGUCCGAUUUCAGACCCAAAGCAACAAGAGAGAGCUGGACAUGGCACCAGUGUCACAGGCACUACCACAGUAUCGAGGUGUUCACACAUUACGACCUGCUGACUCUGAAUGGCACGAGGGUUGCAGAGGGACACAAGGCCAGUUUCUGUUUAGAAGACACAUAUUGCCCUGAUGGACUCCAGAAGCGGUUCUCCUGCUAUAACAUGGGUGAUCAGGGUAUCUCUGUGGGCUGCUGGGAUACGUAUCGCCACGAUAUCGACUGUCAGUGGAUUGACGUGACAGAUGUACGGCCAGGAGACUACAUCUUCCAGGUGGAAAUCAACCCCUCAAUGGACAUGGCUGAGUCUGACUUUAUGAACAAUGUCAUGAGAUGUCGGUGCAAAUAUGAUGGCCACAGAGCUUACAUGUAUGGAUGUCAUGCAGGUGAUGCAUACAGUGCAGAGAUUGAGGACCUGUUUGAGCACCAGAAGCAAAUCACCAACAACUUUGUGUAGCCCAUCCCAGGGCCCAGUGCGAAGGCUUUCCAGCGGGACCCAGAGACUACUCAGGGUGGGCUGAGGUCGAUGGCCCCAGGCCCUUGGGACCUUAGGACCCACAGUAACAGACAACAACAAUGGCGCCUGUUCACCUCCUUGGCAGAUGUGGAUAAAAUAUUCUUAAGCGCAUCAUAUUACAGCAGCGACCAUUGCAGAAACUCUAUUGACAACAAGAAAGGAACAGGUGUCAAACGGCUCAACAUGUUUUUUACUCUAGGAAAGUAAGAAGAUAUUGGAUAUUCAAACUAUACAGAUUUUUGUGAAUGUGGAAAACUAGUAACUUAAAUUAGUUAUUCAAAACGUGUAUGUAUUAAAGACCUUAAUGUCGCUAUAACUAAUCUGUCACAAAGACAAAAAGGAUGUCCGUGCUGUUGAGAAAUCUCAUUUCCAAUUUACAAGAUAUGAAAAUCUGAGAAAAAAUAAUAUUGUGAUUUUGCAUAAUUUCUGUUGCAAAAGGCCAAUUUAAUGCACAUGUAGCAUAAGUACUAAAAUUUACUCUGUUGGCAUUAAUUUUACCCAAAUUCUUUACUUAUUACAUUUUGUAACUGUUGCGCCUUUACAUAACUUAAAUAUUGGUGCUCUUUAACAACACUGUAUGUCAGUAUAAUAACCUUACUAUGUUUCAGGUGAACAGUGUUGUACAAACAUUUUGGGUAGUUUUCUUUCACAGUUAAUUAGGUGUUUUAUCAUUGCUUUGGUUUUAACAAAAUCAUUGUUUUAUAAAAGUGUAGUCGUGCUACAAGGUUUUGCUUCUCAUCUAGAAUAGAUAAGAAGAGGUCAAAUGAUUUUUUAUGGAACAAAGCACUUUAUUUUUUAAACAGCAGUAUUCUAGUUUUGCCCCAAUACUUGUUUUUUAUUAGCAACCAAAUUGACUUCUUAGGGUGUUUAUCUAAAAAACAUUUUAUUGUGUUUGAAAUUUCAGGAAGUUGCAAAGAAACUCCUACACACUGUCUAACGUGCAAAAAUAAAUGUAAUAGCUGGCAACGUUUCAGUACUAGAACUUCCUCAGGCUGAGGGAGAUCUAAUACCAAAACAUUUUUAAAAGCUGGCAACGUCAGCUAUUAAAUUUAAUUUGGCAAGUUAGACAGUGUGCAGGAGUUUCUUUGCAACUUUUGACCUAUUUGUCCCUUUCCGACCUACCUGUCUCUUGUUAUAGAUGUGUGAAGUAUUUUUCUGUUCUACAUUUCAGAAAGUGAAAUAUAAGGUUUGUGUUUAGUUUACAUAUACAAUAUACUAUUUAUGCUGUAACUUUAUUUAUUCAUGGUUUCACACAUACACAGCAUGCUCAGUAAAGAGAUUGUUAGCCAGUGCUUAAUUAACAAUAGUGAAUACAUUUUUGUUUUGUUUCUGGUAAUUAACCAGGGAGGAAAACUGAUUUCAUACAGGACAUAGUAUUAGAACUUUUCCAUGAUGCAGAUAAAUCAUUUUUAUUUAUUUUAUUUUAGUUAUUAAAACAACUGUACAGUUUUUUUCUUUUCCAGCCUCUCUGAUUGUGGCAGGCAGGCAGGGAGGCUGGGUUUUGAGAGCAAAUAAAAAACUUUUUAUUUACAUCUGUUUGGGUUAGACAUAAGGUUAGGGCUAUAGCAUGUGCUUUAUAAAGAAAAACUAUGGAGUUGUUAUUUAUAGAAUCACGGAAAGAGCGACAAUCUGGAUUUUCACCUUAACACAAACUACAAGAAAGAUUCUGAGUUUCUGAGAGAUUUAGUUAGGGAGACGGUGAUUGAAAGAAAGACUGAGUAAGAAUGACAGAAAGAGAGAAAGGGGUGAAGUUUGGAGAAAGACUUAUGCAGACGUGCAGUUUUUACUACCAGAGCUGUCUUUUUGUAGGCAGCCAUAGAGAGACCACAAGCUGGCAUUUUCAGAUCCCCAACGAGAACAACAUGUUUGUCUGGGAGAAAAAAUAAAUUCCUCAAUUCACGCUUCAACUCAGUAAACAGUGGCCUUAUUUUUACUAAAGCUGGGCUGCUAAAAUAUACUGUUUCUCUCUAUACUUUCUUUGCUAACAUUUAGCUCCACACCAAACAAUGAUGCAACUUAAUUUUUUUUAGAGCAUGGAACUUGUGUUAAUCAUGUUGUUUUACCCCAAUAAUGUGUUUGAUGUGUUUGGCGUUUUUGGCUUGAUUUCUUGGUGGUUAAACGGGUUAAGAUGGUUUUCUAAUAGCCAGUUUCCAGGACAAGUUGUGGAAAGGACAAGUCACUCAUCAAGUCAACUGUAGACUUAAUUGCUUUAGCACAUUGUCUUCCUCCUCACUGGAAGGCUUAGAAAGUGUAGUUAGCUUUUUAGAAUAAUUUUUAAAAAUCAUGCACAUCUGGUCAAACACAGUCAGCCCUAUUUCUAAAAACUGUUGGGGAUACAAAUGUUAUAAGAUAGACCUGAAAGUCUAAAAUAAGUGUUUGCUGAUUUGCUUUACUAUUGUUUUGUGCUUGUGUACAGUUGCUAUUGACAUAUUAUGGUCUGUUCUGUGUGUUAUUUAAAAUGAUAUGCCAUUCCAUAUGUUAAGUUGGUUCAUAUUCACCACUCUCAUCAAAUUACUGUGUUGUACCCAUGCUAUUGGCAUAGCACUGGGACAUUUCCAUGGCCAGUUAUGCUUUUACUUUGUCUUUAAAGCUGAGAGUGUGAGCUACAUGGUGCUUAUCUACAAUCAUAUUUAGAAAAAGCUGUGCUCUCAGGGACUUUAAUCUCAUCUAAAGAAAAAAAAUACUGUUUCAGGUGAUGUGAUUUGGGAUACUUUUAGCUGUGAAGCAUACACUUUUACAAAAAAGUAAUCUGUACCCACAUAAGUUGGGAUAACUGUUGGUAGACACUGGCUGAGUCAGGGGAAAAUUUCAGUUAAAGACCAAAUCACAAUCCAUUUAUUCAUCAUUACUGUGAAUCAAUAAAACUUCAUCACAUA